AUGCCAGAUUUAUUAGUUCCCUCACGAUUAUUGCACCUCUGCAGCGAGCUGUAUAGACAGAAAACCGAGGUUCGAGCCAGGAAUGUUCUGUUGAAGUGCGACCCUCCGACGAGUCCACGAGCCCCACCUUCAGCUUAUCUGAUGAACUGGGCUUAUCGCGGACCCACAGGAGCUCUUGCGGCGCCACCUCCGCGUUUUGUUCAAGUCAAUGCAGGCGGCUUGGCAUGCAUUGGCUACCUAGUAUCGCCUCGGAAGGAGCAUGAUUCUAGACGGAAGUCAAAGCUCUUCCAGAACCUGGGCUCAUUUGGUUUUGCAGCGCGUCCUGAAGGCAGGAACCAGGAGGAGGACAACGGGCUUUUGUGGGAGGGCAAUGGGACGCGGGAUCGCCCAGAAUGCCUACUAUCCAGGUGUCGCCAGAUGCAGAUGAGCUGCUACAGAGUGUCGCCAGUGGAUUUUGAAGUCGAGAAAGAUCAUUGUUGUGACUGGCGCCGGCAUCAGUACCAACUCUGGAAUCCCCGUAAGGAGGCGCAAUGGUUCAGAAUAUCUCGAGAGCACCGGCUAAUCAUUGCCCAGGACUUCCGAUCCGAAAAUGGCCUAUACGCGCUCAUCCAAGCGCAGUUCGACGCUGCGAAUAAGGAUCCCGCUUCCCCGACUGCCCUGACACGAUCAAACUCUAGCACCUCUGUCGGUUUGACGGAGUCGCAGGAGGAUGGCCCUCCAACGAAGAGACGCAAGCUUGAGAGAACCGACGAUACUGUGCGGCAAGCUUCGCCUGGCGCUGUUUCCUCGCGAACGCAGGAUGAUCAAGUUAAAUGCUUGAGGAAUGGAGAUUAUAUCAAAACCGAAAGCCUACAUGCUGAGGAGCCUAUGCCCAGUCAAAUGACUGAACAUCAUGGGUGCGCGCGGCGAGAUCAAAGGGAAGAUGCAGAUCAGACCACGGAGGACAACCCUAGGCACACUACUAUCAGUGGUGCCGUAUCUGAUUUCAUGUCCGAAACUCUGUGCUUUCCGACCACCAAUCUGGGCAUGAUGGGGCCAUCCCGAGCGAAGCGCCAUGAACAGUCACGCCGUCGCAGCAGUUGGGGGCAUUCCUCGAUGUCAGCCAGCUUUUUGUUGACAGCAACAUCGUCGAAACCAGACCAGCACCCGCGGACGGCGCAUAUGUCGCCUCAUCACCCAGCCCUUCAGACGAGCAGCACGAGGGCAGCAUCGCUCUCGCCUCCUUUGAAGCCGCACCACGAUGCCAACUGUGGGCGCUCAGAAAUAUGGAAUGCAGCACGGAGAAGAAGGGUAUCCAUGUCAUCCUUGACGCGCCCGCUUGAUGACGAAAUUCUGCAAUGGGCCUGGCAUCUGCAAGAUCAACCCGAGUGCCCGUCCAAGGAAAAUCCGAGUAACGAGCAGCCCCAAGAUUCAUUACCCCAGUUGCCAAAACUUCCACCAUCUAUGCCUUCCUCCAUGCUCCCGGUCUCGCGCUCAACACCAAAACAAAUGCACCUACCCUUCACGUCUUCACCUUUGUCAUCUCCACUAGCAAGUAGUCAAAGACCCAGGUCUUUCCUUGCCAGGAGGAAGGCCAGCGAGGUCCACACGCCUUCACGCUUGGUACAAAUACCAAUGGCACAUGAUUCUUCGCCUCUUUCGUCGCCCCCGCCAGUUCUUUUUGACCCAUUCAAUCAGGUGUCUUCGUCAACAAGCCAGCAAAGCUUGAGUGCAGCUGGUAGCACGACUUGCUCAGAGACUGACGAGACGCCGCCAUCAUCCCGUCCAUCCUUGGUAUCUCAAACCUCGAAUCCCGUGCGAUCUACUCUCCCUAACAUCAAAGGGCGAGAUCUUUUCGAUGUUUCUAUUUGGUCAGAUCCAUUGAGGACAUCGGUGUUCUAUACUUUUGCCACGACCCUCCGACAAAAAGCUCGCGAUGUGCAGCCCACUGCAUCGCACCUCUUCAUUAGCCAUCUCCGUGACCGCGGUAAACUCGUCCGGUGCUACACUCAGAAUAUCGAUCAGAUUGAAGAGAAGGUUGGACUUUCCACGUCCCUUCAGCAGGGUCCAGGAAGCCGCGGUCGAUUCUCGCGUAAAUCUGCAGGUGGUUUCUCAGCACCGAGCUCGCAAGGUGGAGAGGGUGAGGCGAACGAACAUAUCGUCAAACGAGACGCUGCCAAUGGUGGAGUCGAGUGCGUAUUCCUCCACGGAUCUUUGCAGUCUCUUCGGUGCUUCCUCUGUGGGCGCAUUUGUGAGUGGGAUGAGGGCGGACGAUCUGUCGAGACGCUAUCCGGAAGACAACCCGAGUGCCCACACUGCGUCGGGGCCACAGUCGCCCGAGAGGAAAGGGGCAAAAGAGCUCUUGGCGUCGGCAAGCUCCGACCUGACAUUGUUCUUUAUGGCGAAGAGCACCCCAACGCGCAUCUGAUCGACCCCCUCGUCAAGCAUGACCUCGCCCUUUAUCCGGAUUCCUUGCUGAUCCUCGGCACGUCGCUCAAGGUACAUGGACUAAAGGUUCUCGUCCGCGAGUUCGCAAAAUCGGUACACAGCAAGGGAGGCAAGGUCAUAUUUGUCAAUUUCACCAAGCCGUCGGAGAGCUCUUGGGGUGACAUCAUUGACUAUUGGAUCCAGUGGGACUGCGAUGCCUGGGUAUCGAAUCUUCAAGAAAGAGUCCCUUUGUUGUGGCUGCCACCAGGAACCAAGCUUCCGGUGCCUGGCAAGAAGAAACGCGAGAGUACUGGUGAGACCAAGGCUGCAAAGAGGCGGUCUAGUGGCGAUGUUGGCAAACCAGUAGACACGAGUGAUUCAAUCAUGCCGGACAUGAAAGACACGGACGAGGACCCUCAUCAUGAUCCUCUUGGCCACCUGGAACAGACCUCCAAGACAGCUGCGCCGCGACGACCGCAAGUUAUGCGAGAAGAUAAGCACAAUGCGGCAUUCUUGACUUGGCAGAUAGCAAGGAACCUUCGAAAGAUCACUGGUGACGAGUCACCCUUGGUAUCUUUCUCUUCAUUACAAAGAGACGCGCGGCUAGCUCUCUUUAGCGGAUCGACUCCCUCAUCUCCGACACCACUGGUACCUGAGUGCUCUUUGAGAACGCCCCUGCCGGACACGGCAAGAACAGCGGCUUCGCACAGAACCUUGUUGCCGUCGUCAGCAUCAUGUUCUGUGUUGCCCUCGGCUACCAUCCUGUCCCGAACGCCUCUGCCCACUGAACCUCUACCAACACCGGCGACAGCGAGGCGGGCAUCGGAUACUCAUCAAGAAACGAAGGAGGAGCAACCACCAGAGCCUGAGUCGUCCGUGGCUACAAAGAAACGCAGAAGAGACUCACGCCGUACCCAUAAGGCGCCGUCUUCGGGUGCUGAAGCGAAUGUUUCUGCGAGAGCUUUAAAAAGAUAG